AUGCCGCGCCAUCAUUCCUGGAACUUCAACAUUGACCGGUUCCUCAACCCCUUCAUUCCUCCUCCGCCAUGGAAUCACAUCCCGUAUCCCGUCGCCUACUGGUUCGGGUACCGCAAGACCAAGCCUCAGGGCACGGGCAACCUGAUGCAGAUCUUUUGGGCCUUUAUCGGCGUCUUUGCUGCUAUUCUCAUGAUUGAAGCCGUUGGGAAACAUGUUGCCUCCUUUCCCCCUCACCACGUGCCUCUGAUUGUGGGCAGUUUUGGCGCUGCUGCUGUCCUCGAAUUCUACGCCAUUGAAUCUCCCCUUGCCCAGCCGCGAAACGCCAUUGGUGGACAACUCAUGUCCUCCAUCGUCGGCUGCGCCGUGGGCAAGCUCUUUCUUCUCAGCGACAACUUCGAAGACAUCAAGUGGCUGGGCGGUGCCCUGGCCUGCGCUUCUGCCACCGCGGUCAUGGCACUGACCAAGACGGUUCACCCGCCUGCCGGUGCGACGGCUUUGUUGGCCGUGGUCGAUCCCACUCUCAUCCAAGUCGGCUGGUUCCUGAUUCCCGUCAUGCUGCUGGGAUGCUCCCUGAUGCUCGGCGCGGCGCUUGUCAUUAACAACAUCGAGCGCCAGUUCCCCGUCUACUGGUGGGCUGCGGAAGACUUGAGACAGCCCAAUUCCAUGUUCCGCCGCCGAAAAUACGUGUCGGACGUGGAAGCCAACGCCGCCGUCGAGAAUGAGGAGGAGAAGGAAGACCGGGUCUAUGCUGCCGACAUCAUCAUCAAGCCGGGACACGUCAUUGUGCCCGAGCACGUCUAUCUGACCCAGGAAGAGCAGCAGUAUCUGGAGAUGAUAUCCAUGCGUCUCUGA